AUGGAUUUCUUCAAUAGACAGUAUGAAGACCUCAAGAGCAUAGUGGAAGAAAAAUCUACUGUUAUAUGCAAACUCGAAACCGAUAAUGCCUUGCUUCAAUCCACAGUUACAGAUCUGUCCAAUCGACUAUGUGCAGUGGAGCAACACAUGAGGGGAUCUAAUUUGGAAAUUAAUGGAAUUCCAGAGCAUCGCACUGAAAAUCUAGUUAAUACCGUGAUACAACUAUCUAGAUCCAUUGACAACCCAGUGAGUGAAGACGAUAUUCUUCAUACUACACGUGUAGCAAAACUUAUGAAGCAGAAUGACAAGCCUCGCACUGUUAUAGUUAAAAUGCGCAGUCCACGUCUUCGAGACUCCAUACUUGCCGCAGUAGUUAGGUUCAACAAGAAGAACGCGACUGACAAGUUGAACUCACAUCACUUAGGACUAGCUGGAACUAUAACACCGGUUUUCGUUGCUGAACAUUUGACUCCCAACAAUGAAGCGCUGCACGCUGCCACGCGUAAAAAAUGCAAAGAUGUGAACUUCAAAUUCGUUUGGGUCCGCAACGGACGUAUUUAUGUUCGAAAGGAUGAGUCAUGUAGUGCAAUUACUAUUCGCAAUAUGGACAGUUUGAAGCUCCUAACGUAA